AUGGCUUCAGCUCAUCUUCAACCACCCUCGCAACCUCCGCCCAAUGGACACACAAACGGGCAGGGCCUCGUGAUGCAAUCACCGUCUUACCCCGCCCGAGCGAGGCAGCAUGCCGCACCAUUGCUCAUCCGCCCUACGCUUCCUAGCAGGCAUGUGGACGCCGCUACCUUCGAAGAUGCUUUUGUCUCCUUCAUCAUGUACUGCAACCCCGCCGUACCCCUUGAGACGGACACGGGUACUUUGCGGGAAGCAUUUCGUGCCUUGCCCAAGUCCGGCGGCAAGUCCUUCACUGCCUUCAACCUCUUCUUGCUCGUGAGGCAACUCGAGACGAAGGAGCUGAAGACCUGGGCUGAGCUUGCACUCAAGCUCGGCGUCGAUCCGCCCGACAAGGACAAAGGGGAGAGCUCCCAAAAGAUCCAACAGUAUGCCGUCAGGCUAAAGCGCUGGAUGCACUCGAUGCAUGUGGAUGCCUUCUUUGAGUAUCUCAUGAGCAUUCCUCAUCCUUACUGGACUGAUAUUCCUACCGAUCCGACCCCCAUCUACCAAGAGGGACGAGAUGGUGUCGCUCCCGUGGAUGACAUGGCCUUGCGUGCUCUGGUGCCCCAAGCACGCCCCAAACGAGGCAAGAAACGCCCCGAGGAGGAGAGCUUGAACGAGUCGCCCUCACAGCGCCCCAGAAUAGAGCCGCCAGCCUCAGAAGAGUACGGUACUGCCCGCAACAGUCUUGGCCCUUGGUCGGCGCAUCCGGAUGCUAGAGGCCGUUUUACUGCACGGCCGCCAGAUUCCCUACUGCGUCCCGGCCCAGGGACCGGUCCCUGGCUGCAUGAACCAGACGCCCAAACCCCUUUGACAGCGUACCCCCUCGGGCCCCUCUCCGCUAUCACGCCCACGACCCGAAAUAAUUUCUGGGGGGAUUCCAACGAGCCCAUGUCGGCCGUGAAUCCCAAGGGCAAAACACAUCAGCAGCGCCGCCACGGCGCAAAAGUUGUCUCCUCAGCAUGGCGUAGUCGCGGGCUCGGAGGCAAUGCCAAUGGCAAGGCUCGCGGCAGGCCGCCCAUGAACCGGAACAUCAUGGACAAAUCUGCACAACCAGCAGGCUCAGCAGCUGAGCCGGGUUACGAUUCUUCUGUGCCUGAUGGCAGCGACCAAACCAUCACCCCGGCGAUGCAUACGCCCCCUUCAAACACUUCCUUGGCCGGCACACCGAUAGGUGCCCCUUCUAUACCGACCCCUAUACCCCCUACAGCACCUCUACCUUCAGAAUUCCCGGUUCACACCCAAAGACCGACCAAGCCCAGCAUAUCACUUCAAGUACCCGAGCGCGUUGGAGGCUCGGUGCGACUUGCCACACCGCCGCGCCCCUAUUUCCCGCCACCGAACCUGCAGCUACCUCCCGAGGUCGUGGUCCACGGUCAACCGAACCCUGACCAUGGAGGCUUUAUGAACCAGACCUUCUCCAGCACCGCUGCUCCGACGAAUGUCGCUCGCGCAGCUGCUGCCACCACGAACCCGCGUCCAACCGCACAGCAAUACACAUCGAACCCAGCAUUCAACUUUGAGACAACCGAUCACGAAGUCCCUAGUCUUGACCCUGCACCCCGCGUGACUCCUCUGGGGUUUUUCGACGAUAUGGAGGAACGCACCAAUAUUGACGCCACGUUUGGCUACUUUCAUAGCGAGGUUCUGCGCGCCGAUUGGUACGACGCGAGCGGAAAACGCACACCGCCCUGCAGUCUUGACGAGGCUCAUGCACUUGUUGCUAGCAUCAUAGAGGCCCUCUACGCGGCGGCCGCCUCUCACGCCGCCUUCCUCAUCAAUGUCGCUGCCUUGGCCGGGGGGGCAAUGCUCAUGACGACCGAUAAGAUGCAAAUCAGGCGGCUCGUUGAAUACGAGGACCGCACGCAUUUUGAGUGCUCUUGGGUCUACCGGCUGGGCAGUGUGAAGGGGACGUAUAGGAUGGCGCAGACUGUACAGCAUGAACGGUGGCAAAGGUCGCCCGACGUGAGCGAGGCUGAAGAUGACCCGGGCACCACCAAGGGCGGCGGCGGCUUGUGGCGGAACAAGUACGAGAAUCUGAUGAAAGAGAUGCGGGCUAAGGACAAGGAACUCGCGGCAAUGAAGAGGAAGGUGCUGGGCAUGUUGGAUUCAUAA